AUGCUUUUAAAUAAACUUCUUGAGAGUGAAGAGCAAAUUUAUUUAUUGGAAACACAAGAAAACGAACUGAAAACGUUAAACACCUUAAAAAAAAGUUUAAGGAAAGUGCUAAACAAACAGAAUGAAAAUAAUAUUCAACAAACUCUACAGGAACUUGCCGAGCUCUACACUUUUUAUAAUGCCAAAGACGCUCGAUUGCACGCCGCUUCGUUGCAGUGGACAGCCCGCUUCCUCGUAGAGCGCACUGCUAACGACGCGGUAAAGGAAAAGGCUGCCAAUACCGCACAUUUUGUGGCACUUCUUUUCCAAAAUUUUCCUGGAGUUAUUCUUUUUUUUCUUAAAGAAGUUUAUCGCUUUGCUCCUCAAUUGAUUCCCUUCCGUUUAACGGAAGACUCAAUACCUGUCUUUGAAAAAAUAUCUUUUCAAGGAAUUAAUAUAAACGAAAAAGUUCCUCCAAAAGAAAAGGACGAGUUUCGCAUUUUUAUAAACAAAAUCAGUGCCGUUACUUCGUUAUUUUGCGCUUUACUUGCUUACGAUUGUUAUGAGCCUCUGGACACUUCGCUUUGCUGGUUUUGGCUAUCGGCAGUUUGCAAUAAGAAACUCGAUAAGACGUUCGCGUACUUAUUGCAAGUGUUUUUAGAAUUUGCAGGAAAAAAACUUUGCGAAAAGUAUAAAAAACAGUUUCAAAAAAUUUUGUAUUAUAUAAAAGUAAACCUGAUAAACGAGGAAGAGUGCCGGAAAAUCCAGCUCGAAGACGGAGUUGUAAGAAUUUUGCAUAAACUCAUUAAUGAUCUAAACGUUUCAGCCAAACCUGUUGGUUAUUAUUAA